AUGAAAAAAUCCAAAAAAUUCCAAGUCAAAAAAAGUCGGUAUUUUCGGUAUCGGUAUUUUCGGUAUUCGGUUCUCAAAACGUUUCCCGAAUGUAUUCAAGCUGACAUUUGUCUUCAUCUUAAUCGUGAACUAUUGAAUAAUUGUCAAGUAUUUCAAGAUGCAAGCGAAGUUACACUGCGAGCAUUGGCACUACAGUUCAAAUCAACACAUGUUCCACCCGGCGACACAUUGAUACAUCAAGGCGAUGUGUUGAACGCUAUUUAUUUUAUACGUUUCGGACAAAUAGAAAUUCUACAAAACAAUGAAUUACAAGCCAUUCUGGGUAGAAACGAUAUCAUUGGAGAAAAUUUUCCUCAAGAUAAUCCACCAGGCAAAUCGAAAUGUGAUGUUGUAGGAUUAUCCUAUUGUGAAUUGAACAAAAUUGAUCGAGAUAGUUUAUUAAAUAUAUUCACAACGUAUCCCGAUUUUGCCAUAUCCUUUCGCGAACGAUUUCGAGUAACUUUAGAUCUAAGAGAGGUGAGAUGA